AUGGCAACCAUGGAUCCCUGUCGGCGCAUUGUGGCUCGUAUCAGGGAACUCAAUGUAACCGGACUGAUUGACGAAUUUGUACAAAAGUUUUACUCUGGCAGAAGUUUGAAGUCGCUAACGUCAAAGAGUCAAUGGGACUCUAUACCAUAUCGGUCAGCAGUAGCCUUCACGAUGACUCGAAUCAUUGGAGGAGUACUCUUGUUACGGAAACUCCAGUCUGUGCUUUACGAAACAUACGGGGCGUUCUAUCAACUCAUGUCCAAGACACAGUUCAUGGCGUUUGCGUUGAUUGCGAUCGGACUCUGCAGUAGACUGUCGCUCCUCUCGAAAGCAUGGGCAAAGGAGUACGUGGACUGUUACAGACUUCUGGAGACAUGGAUGAAAACAUUCCCCAAGGAGGAGACGCUUGUAGGGGAGGUAGACUAUGAGAGGCAACUUCCGGAAUCAAUUGACAGCGUACUUGUGGCCAGCUCACCCGACAUCCCAGAUACCCAACCGCCAUCGACACCACUGUACCAGUCAAUCGAUCAAUCGCCAGCACCACCUACGCUGGCAGCUGCAGCAUCGGAUCUGGGCGAAGUCAUUCAACGGAGGGAAUUACUGCCCUCGGCGCUGGCGGCAGAUUCGACAUUAACUUCGAGCCCCUCACCCAGAUCAUCCUCAACACGGAAACACAAACUGUCGAGCCGAUCUCCGAGUCUGGAACCUGAGCGUAUUCAGGAUCGACAGGUCACGCUCGAAGCUUCGGAUCCACAUAGCAAUCUCCUGGACGAGCUCGACACUAUUUUCGGGUCAAAGUCGUCAACGGCAGCCAGUAGCCCUAGCAACACAAAGAAGCAGGAAAAGGAGGUGCUACCUGACCUGGACGACAUCUUCAAAAGCAAGAAAAAACAAAAGUCAAAGGACAGGAAACCAGCAGGGUCAGGAACAGGGGUCUCCAACAGUUCGUCGCUAAUGUCGUCUGCUCCAUCAACACCAGGAUCAGGGUUCAGAACAAUGGGCAAGGCCAGUACGGGAUCCAAGAGCAAUUUUGACUCGAUCUUUGAUUUUGAGCGGGGGUCUUCGUCUUUGUCAGCCAGCAUAGGAGGAUCUGUAUCGAUGCCCGCGUCGCCGUUGUCUGACACCAAAAGCAACAAUCUGAGCAAGGUGCGCAAGGACAAGAAGGGCAAGAAGGAGAUUGACGAUAUAUUUGGAUCGAUCAAGAAGCCCAAGAAGAAGGCGACUGUGUCUGAGAUAGACAGCAUCUUUGGCCCCCCCAAGAAGAAGAAGAAGACUCCCUAG